AAACAUUGAAGACUAGGCCCGCGGGUCUCCAAUUGCAAGGUGGAGGAGAUCUGAGAGAAUUGAAGCUGCUCUGCUCUGCGCCUGGCUGCACUUAGCGCACUGCAGUGUCCUUCUACUCUCAGAUCAGAGCUCCGCUGCUCGUCCCAGGACGGAACUCUGCUCCGCUCUUCGGUCUAGUCUGGCAGAUCUGAGGCGUCGAGAGCAGGAGUGCCACCAGGCGAGGUCGGGAAACGCAGCAGAGCCACCAGCCGCAGCCUCAGCAGCAGCAGCAGCUGCAGAGUGACUGACUGACGGACCCAUCCGAGGGAGGGAGGACGGGAGGGCGGGCCUGGUCUCUGGAAGUACGACCCUGGGAGAGGAGACGAGAGGCGAGGAGAAUUAGACGAAACUGAUCUGGCCACGGAAAAGGAAAAGGGCAAGGGACCGUUGUAAGAUCAUUAUGACAGCGCCAGUCUGAGGCGCAUUUCCGACAAGCGUCAUAGCGCGAGGGCGUAGGCAGCAUUGGCCGACUCGUAGCUGGCCUGGUGUAGGCUCGGCAGCGGCGCGAUCGGCAUCCGCAGCCCAUUCCAUUCGUCGUCCCGUCACAGCCUCCGCCUAAUUUCGUUGGGUCUGCGGCCGCAGGUGCAGUCGACUAGUCAGGACCGCCAGAAUGAUUAUGAUCAUCGUCCUCUGCUUGCUCUUCUAUUUACUGGGCCACCUUUGGCACUGGUGCCUCACCGGCAAGCCCAUCCACCGGGUCCCAUCGAUGGGCAAGUCCAUGCACAAGGUUGCAUCUCGCCAACGCAUAAAUCGUACUGAACUUCCCGUAUAGCACCCGAUCCCCGCUAGUCGAGAGCCGUUGCCGGUGGGGGGAGGAGCGAGCCCCCCUAAAAAAGUGUCAUUACUGCUCCCAUUCUCAUAUUCCCCAUCUCCAUCUCCAUCAUCAUUCGCCAUCUCUCCCUUCCCUUCUCUUACACACUCUCUCUCUCUCUCCACUGCACUCCGCAACAGUCCAGCCAUUGCGGUUUACUUCCACCACCACCAUCACCACGACGCAGACCCGGCUUCUUCUUCUUCUCGCGCUUCCUCGUUUUUUCCAUCCACUCCACAAUGCCUGUGUCGUAUUGAGGCCUUGUAUUCUCAUCAUCAUUCAAUGACAUUACCUACCUGAUUCAUUUCGAUCCUCCAUUUUUCAACGAUCUUCUGGACAACACCUACUACUACCUGGCAGCGGCGGACGACCGAAGUACAGUUGCACAUUUGGACCUGCGGACUUGCCAUGCCAUGCCCUGCUCUGCUCUACUCUGCCCUCUCUGUCCAACCUCUUCGUCUGACGGUCGUUGACAGCCCGGGUCGUCGUGGAUCCCCACCACCACCAUCCAUCUAUCCAUCUAUCUAUCAAUCUAUCGCAACACCUCCUCUCCUCUCUGCUGCUUGCUGACUUACAUCUGCUCCGCUGCUCUUGCCACUCACUCUCUCACUCAUUCCAUCUACUCUACUCUUGAGCUAGCUCGGCUCAUGCCGCCUGCGGCUGGUGUGCAGUCAGUCCCACGAGAUACUGCGUUCUCUCGAGGCUUUAUACUUCUCUGCAGAUCUGCCCCACUUUUGUUCUCACGUCGUCCGGGCGAGCGAGCGAGCGGCACGGUGCUCUGCUGGUGCUCUGCUGGUGCUAUUGUGGAACAGUAAAUAGCUCCGAGUCAAACCUCUUGUUGUCGUUGUUGUCGCUCUUCAGCUCUCCGGUGACGAGGUGGGAGCAGGGCGGGUCAAUCUAAGCAGCUCGAAGGAAGAGCUCGGAGGAUAGCGCGUGUUCGUUCGGUCGUCGUUCCGCGGCGCGAAAUCUUUCGUUUAUUCAUUCAUCCAUCCCUCUGCCACAUUUCUUUCCUUUCAGCAUCUGCAUUAUCUGGGCUCUCUCCCUCUCCUUUUCUUUCUUCGUUCAUUCUUUUUGCAAAAGUGUGCAGAGCCUGCGUGUGAGUGAAGUGAGCUUCGAGGCAACCGAGCGAAAAAACCGUUUUGAUUUCCCCUCCCCCCCUUCCUUCAUUUCCUCCUCGCACUCAUUCAUUCUUUUGCUCUGGUCGAAGCCGAGCAGAUCGAGGGCUUCGUGCCGGACAGAGCCAAUCAAUCUCGAGUCAAUCAAUAUUCUUAGAAACAGAAAUCAUUCAUUCUUCAGGCCAUAAUCGAAAUUGCAGUGUGUGCCUGCGUGGGCCAGCGGAGCGAGUGCGUGCGUCGUUGCAUCCCAUCUCGCAUCGUCGACUGCCCGACGGGUGCUGCGGGCGAGCGACCAUAUCUGCGACGAGUUGUCAGAUCGAGGCAGCCCCCGAAACGGGACCGAAACAAAAAAAAACUGCUCCGGAAAUUUACACCAGCAGCAGCACUGCACUAGUAGCAGAGAGAUCCGACGACCACGACCAUGGGCGGAGCCGCCAAGGACGAGGAGAAGGUGUCGAUCAAGCCUCACGCGUCGUCGUCCGUGGCUUCGGAGGACGCUGAGGUGAAGGUCCCGCUGCCGCUGUACCGGAGGAGGGCGUGCCAUAUUUGCUGCGGAAUAAGCACCGCCCUGCUCCUGGCGUUCGUCAUUCUCAUCCUCAUCCUCAGCUUCACGGUCUUCAAGGCCAAAGACCCUCGGAUCACUGUCACGGGAAUGUCUCUGCAGAGCUUCGCGGCCAGCCUCGACCCAAUUCGCCUGAGCUGGAGGCUGGACGUCUCGCUGCACCUCAACGUGACAGUCCGCAAUCCGAACGUGGCGAGCUUCAAGUACGAGAACAGCAGCACGUAUCUGUUUUACCGCGGGCUCGAGGUGGGUCGUGCGGCCAUCCCUGCAGGCAAGGUCGAGGCCAAGAAGUCGUCGGAGUUUUCCACGUACCUGGAGAUCAAAGCGGUGGACGUGCCCAAUGACGCCAAUCUCACCGGCGAUGUCACGGCGGGGAUCAUUCCCGUGUCCACUUACUCCAGGAUCCGUGGGCGGCUGAACGUGAUCAACAUCUUCAAGCGACACGCCAUCUCCACGAGCGACUGCUCCGCCAAUUUGAUCAUCUCCAACACCACUCUCAGAGAUUUCAAAUGCGUCUAUACUUUGAAGAUGUAGUAGCGCGAUUCGACGACGUCGUCCACAUGAUGAUGAUGAUGAUGAUUAUGUGACCCGACCCGACCCGACCUUGCAGGAAUCGCUCGAGCUCCUGAACUUGCUACGCUUCGCCCGACUCCGGAACCUCCCCGCCCCGGCAGCAGCCGGUGCUCUGCGUUCCGCCGUCGCUGAGCGAGCCUGUACAUUCUUUGCUGAUGACUUCCAGAAUUUCAAUCUACGCAUAACAUUUAUCACCAAACCGGC